AUGGAGAUUUUCCUUUUCCUUGUGGGCUAUUUUGUCCAGUUUGCAGCAUCCUGCAUUUUGCUCUACAAGAUUUGGAAGCACAAGUCCAUCUAUGGACUGAGUAUCGACACCCAGGCAUCCUACAUGCUCGCCGUCGUGGCACGCUGCAUCUGGUCCAUGGAGACGAGAUUGGUGGAAACGAAGUUUGCAUACUUGGAGCUUUCGCUUUCCACCGCUGUGGCUGUCGCUCUUAGUUUCAUGUGCUAUCAGCUGCAGCACACCGCUCCCAAGCAGUCCACGCCUUUCCUUCGAGCGUACGCGACGGCUCCUGCCUCCCUCGUCCUGGCUUUCUUCUUCCACCCUGGAGACGAAUGGCUGACGAUGCAGAUCCUGGUCUCGUAUACAAUGUUUCAGGAGGCUUUCGGGCUCUUGCCGCAGCUCUGGCUGAUGCGGAAAAUGCACGAGGUGGAACCUUUGACGUCCCAUUACGUUGGCCUCAUCGUAGCUGCUGGGCUGCAGUGCGGCAGCCGUGUGCAGUGGCAAAUCGCUUUCCCUCACAGGUCGCACGCUUCAUCCGGAUGUGCUUCUGGGGGAAGAUGUACUUUCUAG